AUGUUGCGAAACAAACAUUACCAAGAUGAUAUUAUGUACAUUACACAAUUAACGCGUAACGUUUUGAGUCUGCUAGGAGUUUGGCCGUCUUUCAACAAAAGAAGAUCCAUCAGUGAAAAAGCUUGGAAGUUCUUGUUGAUCUUGGUUUCUUAUGUUCUUCUUUAUGGCGUUCUGAUCCCCGGUGUCCUUUUCUGGUUGAUCGAGCAAAGAACGCGCGUUAGAAUUCAAACUAUUCCUCUAAUUCUCUACGGCUUUAUGGCCAGCGGUAAAUACAGCAGUUUGAUACUUCGCGAAAGAGAAAUCAGACGUUGCCUGAAGCACAUUGAAGAAGAUUGGAAGUUCGUCACUAGCAUGGACGCACGGGACACGAUGAUUGAAUCUGCGAGAACUGGAAGACGCUUGGUUGCACUUUGCGCAGCUUUUAUGUAUGGCAGCGGACUCUCCUUUCGAUCAAUUUUACCAUUGUCCAAAGGAAAGAUUGUUACCCCGCAAAAUAUUACAAUUAAACCUUUGCCUUGUCCGGCAUAUUUUUUUUCUUUCGAUAUACAAGUCAGCCCCGCUUACGAGCUGAUUUUUGCAAUGCAGUUUUUAUCCGGAAUAGUUACUUAUUCGAUAACAAUAGGUAUAUGUGGUCUUGCGGCCGUCUUUGUGAUGCACGCCUGCGGUCAAUUAAAGAUCUUGGUGGAUCUAAUGAAGAAUGUUGUUGAGGAACAGUGGGAAGAGAAACAAGAAAUAGACAGAAAGCUUGCUAAAAUGGUGGAGCAUCAAAUAAGAAUACGAAAUUUUUUGCAAUUGGUAGAAGAAACUUUGCAACAAGCAUGUUUAAUAGAAUUGUUGGGAUGUACAAUAAUUGUUUGUUUGCUGGGAUAUUGUAUAAUAAUGGAGUGGGAAAAUAGUAAUCCAAUAGCUAUGUGUUCUUAUUUUAUAACAAUUACAUCCCUGAUGAUAAAUAUGUUUAUGUUUUGUUACACUGGUGAACAGCUUACCGCACAGGCGGAGAGAGUAGCUAGUACAUCAUGCGAACUCGAGUGGUAUCGUCUUCCGGAUAAGAAAGCACGUGGAAUCGUGCUGGUGAUGAUCAUGUCGAACAUGCCCACCAAGAUCACUGCUGGAAAGAUCAUGGAUUUGUCAUUCAAGACAUACGGUGAUGUUGUUAAAACAGCUGUAACAUAUUUUAAUAUGCUUCUAAAUGUAACUGAUUGA